AUCAGACAACGCGCAUAUACAAAUAACGCACUUAUACAAAUCAAUAAAAUGUCUUGGUAUUCAUAUUCAAAAUAUGAUUAUUUAUCAGAUGAAAACUCAGAAUACAAUAGUGAUUCUGGGGAUGAUUUGCCAAAUUUAACAAUCGAUAAGCAACAAAUUUUGCGAAAAUAUAAAUAUCUUAAUCGCCCUAAUUGCCCCAGAAAAGAAUGUCUUUAUGCUUCGGAAAAUAUUCAACCUGAAGGAUGGAUUAUCCGGCAAGAAUACCCUCAUUGCUAUAGAUAUUUCCAUAACUUAUCUGAGUUUGAAAUAUGGCAUGAAUCGAUACCCGAAAACCAGC